CGGUUUCAGAAGUUUCAAAACAUCUUCAUGAACAAGAAACAAUAAGAGGAAGAAAAGGUGAAUAAUGAUGAAAGCAGGGACUGAUUUGCAAUUUCCACCGGGAUUUAGAUUUCAUCCUACAGAUGAGGAGCUCGUCCUCAUGUAUCUCUGCCGUAAAUGCGCGUCGCAGCCGAUCCCUGCUCCUAUCAUCACUGAACUCGACUUGUAUAGAUAUGAUCCUUGGGACCUUCCCGACAUGGCUUUGUAUGGAGAAAAGGAGUGGUAUUUUUUCUCACCAAGAGACCGGAAGUACCCAAACGGUUCAAGACCGAACCGAGCAGCUGGUACCGGCUACUGGAAAGCGACAGGUGCUGAUAAACCGAUCGGUCGUCCUAAACCGGUUGGUAUAAAGAAGGCUCUUGUAUUUUACUCGGGAAAGCCUCCACGUGGAGAGAAAACCAAUUGGAUUAUGCAUGAGUACCGGCUUGCAGACGUUGACCGGACGGUUCGGAAGGGAAAUAGUUUAAGACUGGACGAUUGGGUGUUGUGUCGUAUAUACAACAAGAAAGGUGUCAUCGAGAAGCGACGGAGCGAGGUAGAGAACGGUCAUGUGACGGCUCCGGUUAUGAUAAACUUCGACAAACCGGAAAUGAUAGGCUGCUCCUCGAGCUGCUCGGACCAGCAAGUGGUGUCUCCGGAGUUUAAGACCGAACCGAGAAGAUGGAGUAACGCCCUCGAAGUUCCGUUUAGUUAUGUGGAUGCCAUCGCAGAUAACGAGAUUGUGUCACGGCUGAUGAGCGGGAAUCAGAUGUGGUCGACGCUUGAUCCACUUGCGGUUCGGCAGAGAACUUUCUGAAGCUGUCACGUGCGUGAGUUGGUGGAGAAGUGGAGGCUUACUACACGGCCGUUGCACGUGUAUGUUAACCGGUUUGAAUUCUCCAUGCUAAACCAGAGGGGAAGGGAUUGGGCCUUUUGUGCAACAAUUGGGCCUUGGUUUUGCUCCUUGGUUAAUAGGGGAUACACAGUAUACAUUAUGUAUGACCCAACUCAGCAAUAUAAUAGUUCUCUACAGUAUUUAAUUUUGGAAUAAAUUCAUUUGAAAAUCUGAUAUAUAGUACUGAGAAUAUUUUUCAUAAUAGAAUUACGGGAUGAAAAAAACCUUUAUGAAAGCUUUGUUAUAUAAGUUGAAAAUGGAAAAAAGUUU